UCCCAAGUUGUGUCGUCACUGAGUGCUGUGUGUUAUCGUGUCGACUCUGUUUAUAUAUGUGAAGUUUGGCCAAGUGUUCGCGUUUUCUCGGAGAGUAACUACAGAAAUAUCAAAGUGAUGGCGGAACCUACUCCAAUGGGUAAAGAAGACCAAAAACAGCAAUGGGAAAAACUAGAAGUUUUACAACUAUAUCAAGAAAUUGCAACAAAGAUUGAUGUAAAGUCCAAACUACGAGAAUACAACGAGUUCUAUGAGGGAAAAUACGGACACCUAAUGCUCAAAGAGGAUACAGGAGUUCCCGUGCUUGAAGGAGUCUUGAAAAUUUACUGGGGAGUGAAAGCACCAAUCAAUCUGAAAAAAGAACAGGCAACAUGGAAGAGACGUGGUAAUAGUAUGAUAUUUGAUAGUGGACUUGAAGAGAAAUUGAUGCAGGCAAUGGGAGAUGCAACUAAACGAAACAGACACUUGUUACGAGACAGUCAGAUUGAAAUUAAUGCCGAGGAAGACAUGGGUGAAGAAACUAGCGAGGUUGAAGUCGGUAAAGAUAAAAAUGAUAUCAGAAAAGUGAAGAAAGAAACAUUUCAAAAUAAAGAGACUGCGAAAGGUUCUGUUGAUGUGAAAACAGAGAAGGAUAUGAGGAGGGAAAAACAGAAUCUUAAAUUUGAGAAAGAAUUUGUAAGCGAGACAGAUGAAGUAGAUAAAGAAAAGGGAGCUUUUAGAAAAGAAAAGCAAGAAGUUAAAAGCAAGAAAGAUGUUGUACAUGAAGUAAAGGAAUCGCAGUCGCCAUCAGGAAUUCGUAAACAGUUACAAACUAAGAAAGUUACAUACUCAACGUCUUCAACAUCAACACGUAGCGUGAACCAAAACGGAGCUGCAUUCAAAGACUUUGACAGUCUUCCUCGUGCCUCAGGUUUGCGGAAUCCUGAAUUUGGAAGUUUACGUACACGUGGAAUCGGUGAGAGUUUACUCAGUGCUGGAAGUUUGCGUGAUAGAACUAACGAUCUCUUCUCAAAACAGAAAAGUGAUUUCUUUAACAGCCGAGGUGAUGUGUUUAAAACUGAGAAGAUUUUAACGAAGGAUGAACCUGAAUUAGGUAGCAAAGAGAAUCUUGUACGUUCUAAAAGUAUGAUCAACCAGUCAAGGCCUAAAGUGCAGAAUAUACCAAGUAGAGCAAAAAGUUUGCAGAGAAGACGAAAAAUGUCAUUCAGUGGACACUAUUAUAAUAAAGAGACAGCUGUGUUUACUCCUACUCAUGGUAGUGUUACUAAUGUACGUGUAAAUAGUCUUAUGACUGCCCCAGAGGUCAUUGGAUCACUCUUACUAAAGUUUGCAGUGGAGAAUACACCAGAAGAAUUCAUGCUCUGUAAAGUUAAAGAAACAGGAGAAACUAUGCACAUGAAACAAACAGAUUUUCCAUUAUUGGAAAGAGUAAACAUGGGACCCAGUGAAGAAUAUGCAAAGAUAUACAUAGUGGAAAAAACUGCAGUGAAAGAUGUAACCCAUGAGGUUACGCAGUAUAUUCAUGUCGACCUACCUGUGCUGAAGGCGAUUCUGACAAAAAUUGAAGAAGAAGAGCAAAAGAAAAUUACAACAAUCAAGAAGAAGUAA